AUGACCACAAAAGCAAUUCAUUUAGAAGCAGUCACCGACUUGACAUCUGACGCCUUCUUAUCAGCAUUAAAAAGAUUAUUCGCACGACGUGGAAAAAGUGCACAUAUGUACUCCGACAAUGGUACAACAUUUAUUGGAGCAGCAACCAAACUAGACAAAGAAUUUGAAUUAGCUAUCAAACAAAAUAAUGAAGUAGCAUCAAUAUUAGCAGCAGACAAAAUUGAAUGGCACUUUAUUCCUCCAGCUAGUCCUCAUUGCGGUGGUAUAUGGGAAGCUGGUGUCAAAUCAAUGAAACAUCAUCUAAAAAGAACAAUUGGAGAAUCAAAGUUAACCUAUGAGGAAAUGACGACACUUCUGCACCAAAUAGAAGCAGUACUAAACUCUCGACCACUUUGUACCAUGAAUAAUUAUGUAGAAAAUAUAGAAGCACUAACUCCAGCUCACUUCUUAAUAGGACGUCCUAUGUUGGACGACCCAGUACCAACUACAGACGAAAGAACAAGCAAACUCGAUCAUUGGAACCACAUACAAAAAAUGAAAAAAGAUUUCUGGAACAGAUGGAAACAUGAAUAUUUAACAACAUUACAAAAAAGAAACAAAUGGCAACAACAGAUGGUUGUUCAAAACAAUCGAAAAUAG